AAGGUGGACAGAAGUCCUCAGGUGCCUUUCAGACAAAGAUCAGGGCAAUGCAGGGAUUCUUCAAACUCGAGGUGACGGGGAAUCUUGACGACAACACUUUGGAGCUGAUGAAACAGGCCAGAUGUGGCGUUCCUGAUAUCGGGGAGUACAACCACUUCCCUGGAAAACUCAAAUGGCAAAGCAACGAACUCACAUUCAGGAUAGUGAAUUAUACACCAGAUCUGAAGAAGUCUGACGUAGACAGAGCCAUCCGCAAAGCGCUGAACGUUUGGGCCAAAGUCACCCCUCUGACCUUUAGGAAGCUGAAAGACGGCAUCGCUGACAUUAUGAUCAGUUUUGCAGCAAGAGAGCACGGAGACUAUAACUCCUUCGAUGGGCCUAAUGGACUGCUUGCUCAUGCCUACCCACCGGGCCAAGGCAUCGGAGGAGACACUCACUUUGAUGAGGAUGAAAACUGGACCACAGAUUCAUCAAGUAAGAAUUACAACCUGUUCAUAGUGGCAGCCCAUGAGUUAGGCCACGCCCUCGGUAUGGGCCACUCCGCAGACGCGGGCGCCCUCAUGUACCCUGUGUACUCGUACUCUACAGGCUACCCGCUCUCUGAGGAUGACAUCAAAGGCAUUCAAGAUCUCUACGGCCCAAACCCAAACUCAAGGAAGGUGAAGCCUAGGCCUGAUGCACCCGAAAAAUGUGACCCCAUGUUGAGUUUGGAUGCCAUCACAGAGCUCAGAGGGGAAACCAUCAUCUUCAAAGACAGAUUCUACUGGCGUCUCCAUCCUCAGAUGGCGGAGCCCGAGCAGACGCUGAUCCAGUUCACGUGGCCCUCUCUCCCCAACAAGGUGGACGCAGCAUACGAGUACCCGGAGAAGGACCUAGUCUUCAUAUUCAGUGGGAUCCGAAUGUGGGCUUUGAAUGGAUACAACCUUGUGGAUGGUUACCCUAAGUACAUUCACAAACUCGGUCUUCCCAAGAAAAUAAGGAAAAUAGAUGCGGCUGUGCACAUCGGAGACACCGGGAAGACCCUGCUCUUCACUGACGAGGAGUAUUGGAGUUACGAUGAAGCAACAGCCACCAUGGACAGCGGCUUCCCACGCUCCAUUGAGUUGGAUUUUCCUGGAAUGGACGACGAGGUCGACGCAGCUGUGUAUCACUAUGGACGCUUGAAUUUCUUCCACGAACACAUACAGUACGAGUACAGUUACACCUCAAGGAAGGUCAUUCGCAUCCUGAGGACCAACUCAUUUCUCAACUGCUGAUGACAUGGUCUGCAGCUGUGACGAUGGCUUAAAAAUAUAUGUGGCCGCUUGGCACACAACAUCGUCACAAUAACCCACAAACAUGCAUGUUAAAAAUGAGAAAUA